CGUUGCGCCCCAGAACAGGGCCAGAUAUAGGCUUGAUAGGCUCCCCCAGCCAGCCAGACGGCCCGGGUGGCUCUUGGCUUGGAUGCUUGUUUGCCCACCUUUGGGCAAUGCCUGCCGUGUAUCGCCCGUCUCCUUUCCGCAACCGUCAUCUGUCUCAUAACACUCUGAUUUCCGACCUGGCAGUCCUGGAUACUCGCACAUAGCAGACUUCGCUCGGCUCCUUUUUGGAACAGACUAGGCUUUGGGAUUUCUUUAACGGUGCUUCUUUGUCGAUACGACCUCUCCUGCCGCGCCAUCUUGGCCUUGCUCCAACACGUGCUGUCCGCACCCUUGUGAGCAGAUACGCCCGACCGCAAACUCGGAAGACGACGCCCACGCCGCGGCCUCAAGCAGAGCGCGAGAGGCGACGACAAGUUCCCGACAAGACUGAUUUGUUCCGAACAUGUUUGUCUUAGCUGGAACAUUACAAUAGCGGAAGCAUUGGACUUGGUGGACCACGAUAUAACACCCAACCAGCCGGGUGCGCUCGGCUCGCACUCUUUCUCCUCCUCCUAAACGAUGCCACCCUUGUACUCGUCGAACCUCCAAGGGCACACGCGCGACUCGCUGGAACUCGCGUCGCUCGCGAGUUCCGACCAGCUCGACACAGCAGAGACCGACUCGCGGCCCAGCAUAUCCUCGUCGCGGAAGCUGUCCCUCGAGCAGGAUGACCCUCUAGACGCCGGCAACCCGGCCGCCAACGGCCGCCCCGGGGGCCACGGGCGCACGUUCUCCGUGUCCUCGGGCUUCGACUUCACCGCAAACCUCUUCCCGCUGUCCUCGACCACCGGCGCCGGCUACACACCCAUCGGCGCCCCAGCCGCGCCGGCGCAGAGUGGCGGUCUGGGCGGGGGGUCCCUCGAGAAGAACAAGACCCUGACAUAUCUCAACGGGCUGUCUCUGAUUGUUGGCCUCAUCAUCGGGUCUGGGAUAUUCUCGUCGCCGAGCCAGGUGAACGCCAACGUCGGCUCGCCGGGCGCCGCGCUCAUCGUCUGGGUAAUAGCCGGGAUACUCGCCUGGACCGGCGCGGCCAGCUAUGCAGAGCUGGGAGGCGCCAUACCCCUGAAUGGAGGGUCGCAGGUGUAUCUGGCCAAGAUAUUUGGCGAGAUAUUCGGGUUCCUCUUCAUGUGGUCCGCCGUGCUGGUGCUGAAGCCCGGCAGCUCGGCCAUCAUCUCCAUCAUCAUGGGGGAAUACGUUGUCCGCGCCGCCAUUGGCGCAGAAGCAGAGACCAUCAACCCCUGGAUCAACAAGUCAGUGGGCUUGGCUGGGCUUUUCCUGGUGACAUUUUUGAACUGCGUCUCGACCAAGCUCGGGACAAGGGUUAACGAUUUGCUCAUGUUCAUGAAGUUUAUUGCAUUGCUAGGCGUCACAAUUACGGGGGUCGUGGUCGCAGCCACUGGGUAUUCCUACUCGGGGAAGCCGAACCUAGACUGGAAGAAUCACGAGUGGUUCGAGGGGACCAAGACGGAGACUUCAGCGUGGGCGGUGGCUCUGUACGCUGGUCUCUGGGCCUACGACGGCUGGGAUAACACAAAUUACGUCGUGGGGGAAUUCCGCAACCCAAGCAGGGACCUGCCACGGGUGAUCCACACGGCCAUGCCCCUGGUCAUCCUCUCGUACGUGCUGGCCAACAUCUCGUACUUCCUGGUGCUGCCCCUGGCGGCCACCAACUCGUCCAACACCAUCGCCGUGCUCUUCGGCUCCAAGGUGUUCGGCCCGGUCGGGUCGCUGCUCCUGGCCCUGAUCGUCGGCGCGUCGUGCUUCGGCGCGCUCAACAGCUCGACCUUCACGAGCAGCCGGCUCGUCUACGCGGCGGGCAAGGAGGGCUACAUCCCGGCCCUGUUCGGGCGCAUCGGCGCGGGCUCCAGCGCGCCCGAGAACCAGCACGUCUCGACGGUGCGCACGCGCAGCUGGCUCUCGGGCCGCCUGGGGCGGCUGCUCGGCGACGAGGACAAGGGCCUCUUCUUCACCCCGAUCAACGCGCUGGCCCUCAACUGCGCCCUGACCACGGCCUACGUCGUCGUCGGCGAGUUCGACACCCUGCUCACCUUCUACGGCGUCGCCGGCUACUCCUUCUACUUCCUCACCGUCCUCGCCCUCAUCGUCCUGCGCGUCCGCGAGCCCGAGCUCGAGCGCCCCUACCGCACCUGGAUCACCACCCCCAUCAUCUUCUGCUGCGUCAGCCUGUUCCUGCUCAGCCGCGCCGUCUUCGCGGAGCCCCUCCAGACCCUGCUCGUCAUCGCCUUCGUCUCGGCCGGCGUCCCCGUCUACCUCCUGCGCGUCAGGACCUCUGCGCCGCCCAAGCGGCCCAACCGCGACUACGACGAGGACGAGUCCGGGCCGUGGUGGAAGUUCUGGAGGCGGUGGCGGAGCUGAGAGAAGGGGAGGAAAAUAAAACAAGAAAUUCCACAGGAGCUUCCGCCCGGUGUCUUUGUAUUUUAGGCUGCAUUGUUGGGGGGGGGGGUUUCCGGCAGGUGAAUUGUGCACAUAUAGAGAUGCAUCACCCCCCAUGGCCCGCUGGGGCCCAAAAAAAGAGCAGCGGCAGAGAAGCCAACAGGAAAUAUGAUGUACUUAAUAUUUUUGGCACUAUAAUCAAGACGAGUCGGUGUGUAAAGCCGCGCCUUUUCUACCCUC